UUCCGAUACGUCACUUCCGUUUACCUUUGAGGGUUGUUUCUGAGCUUGGAGGGUACCGGGAGCGGUUCAGAAGCGGCUUAGUCGUUGUUAGGAAACACACUUCAGAUCCCCCUCCUUGUUUAAAAAGGAAGAUGUCUUCGGAGUCCGGCAAGAAGCGCAAGCCGAAGGUCAUCCGGACAGACGGAGGCCCCCAAGAUGGCAAGCGCGGACGCGCCGACGCUGACCAGGAUCCUUGUUAUUACAGUGAGGAGGCCGAGGUGGACUUGAGGGACCCCAGCAAAGACUAUGAGCUCUACAAACAGACCUGCCAGGACCUCCAGAGACUGAUGUCUGAGAUCCAGGACCUCAAGAGCAGAGGCACCAAGGACAGCGCGGCCGAGAUAGAGGACCGCCGCGUCCAGAGCUGCGUCCAUUUCAUGACCCUGAAGAAGCUCAACCGUUUGGCGCACAUCCGGCUGAAAAAGGGGAGGGACCAAACCCACGAGGCGAAGCAGAAAGUGGAUGCUUACCACCUGCAGCUCCAGAACCUUCUUUACGAAGUCAUGCACCUCCAGAAGGAGAUCACCAAAUGCCUGGAGUUCAAAUCGAAGCACGAAGAGAUCGAGUUAGUGAGCGUGGAGGAGUUUUACGCAGAAGCCCCUCCGGAGAUCAGCAAGGCGGGAAUCACGCGCGCCGACCCUCACCAGCAGACCCUUUCGCGGCUCGACUGGGAACUGGAGCAGCGCAAGCGCCUGGCAGAGAAAUACAAAGAAAGCCUUGCCAACAAAGAGAAGAUUUUAAAGGAGAUAGAAGUGAAGAAGGAAUACCUCAGCAACCUCCAGCCUCGGCUCAACAGCAUCAUGCAGGCUUCGCUUCCGGUCCAGGAGUACCUCUCCAUGCCUUUCGAACAGGUCCACAAGCAAUACGAAACUGCCACGCACCUCCCGCCACCCCUCUACGUCCUCUUUGUCCAGGCCAGCGCCUACGGCCAAGCCUGCGAUAAGAAACUGGCGGUGGCAAUCGAAGGCAACGUGGAGGAGGCCAAGGCGCUUUGCAAACCUCCGGAGGACUCUCAAGACGACGAGAGUGACUCGGACGCCGAGGAGGAGCAGAACACGAAACGCCGGCGCCCAACUUUAGGCGUCCAGCUGGACGACAAGCGCAAGGAAAUGCUCAAGAGGCACCCACUGACUGUCGCCAUCGCCCUGAAAUGCAAAGAUGGGAGUGUCCUCCACUUGACCUUCUACUACCUGAUGAACCUCAACGUCAUGACGGUCAAGGCCAAGGUGGCGGCCGCGGCGGAGAUGACAGCACCGAUCAGCGCCGGAGACCUCUUGUCCCUCGACUCCCUCCUGAGCUGCUUGUACCCCGGGGACCACGGGAAGAGGACCCCCAAUCCAGCCAACCAGUUCCAGUUCGACAAAGUCGGCAUCCUGAGCCUCAGCGACUACGUGAUGGAGCUGGGCCACCCCUACGUCUGGGUCCAGAAGUUGGGGGGCCUCCAUUUCCCUAAGGACCAGCCCCAGAGUCCUGUGACAGCGGACAACUCGCUUAGUGCCAGCCACAUGGAGCGGACCAUGAAGCUGCUGAAGACGCGCCUGGAGUCGCGCAUGGCCCUCCAUAAGCAGUUUGCCUCCCUCGAGCAUGGGAUCCUGCCGGUGUCGGGCGAGUGCCAGAGCCUCUUCCCGGCCAAAAUCGUGUCACGUCUGGUCAAGUGGUCAGCGGUCACCUACGAGGAUUACUUGGAGCUGCCCUACACUAGAGACGUGGUCGACGCCGGUUUGGCGGAGGACACCCACCUUUAUUAUGUGGCGCUGAUAGAAAGAGGGACGGCUAAGCUCCAGGCCGCCGUGGCAUUGAACCCGGGCUACUGCGCCAUCCCCCCCGUCUUCAGCCUCUGCCUGAACUGGAAUGGGGAAAGGACCAAUGGCAACGACGACAACAUCCGGGCCAUGGAGAGCGAGGUCAACGUCUACUACAAGGAACUCUAUGGGCCCAAGCCAGGCUACCAGCUGCUGACCAACCAGCUCCUGCGCCUCUGCGUCGUGCUGGACGUCUACCUGGAGACGGAGACCCACGACAACAGCGUGGAGGGGCCCAAGGAGUUCCCACAGGAGAAGAUGUGCCUCCGCCUGGUCAGGGGUCCCAGCCGCCUGAAACCCUUCAAGUACAACUAUCCCCAGGGUUUCUUCAGCCAUCGUUGACUCACACUCCGGACUCCAGAUGUCUCGCCCUUUUUGGGGUCCGGGUCAAUCGAUUGCCAAUUGACCUUCGUUCUCUAUAGAUAAUCAAUUCCAUGAUAGCCUAUUAAGAGAAUUAAAAGCGGGAAUGUCGUU